AUGACCCGCGCAUCCUCCCCAGCCGGCAGCAACAAUGCCUCCUCCUCCUCCUCCACCGCCUCCCUCGAAUCCGACAUCGCCAUCAUAGGAAACGACCUCAAAAUCAUUCAAGACGAACCCACCACCGAAUCCGAACAGGAACUCCUCGAGCCCUACGCGAAAUUCCGCACCGAACCCAUCAACGCCCUCUCAGAACUUGGCCUGCACGUCCUCGGCACAGCAUGGCGCUCCUACGACAGGAUCCUGGGCCAGGAGAUCUUCUACCCGGGGUUCAGCGAGCGGCUGAAGGAUAUGGUGCUCAAGCAGGAGAUGCUGCGGGGCAAGAUCCGGGAAUUGGCGAAGAAGAGGGUGGAAGAGGAGGUGCACGGGGAUAUGCUGGGGCCGAAGGGGCUGGUGGGGGAGGAGGGGAAGUGGAAGAACCUGCGGGGGAAGAGGCGGAAGGAGAUUGAGGAGCAGUUGACGGAGGUGGCGGAUGAGUGGACGGAUGCGAUGAUUUGCAAGAUGGAUAGUCGGCCGUUUAUCCGCGGGGCGUAUUAUCUCGUCACGCAGCUGCUCACGCGGGCGUAUCAUCAGGGGAUCCAUGUUUCUUCGCAGGAGGUGUUGAGGCUCAGGGAGGUGGCGAAGGAGGCGGCGAGGAAGAAGCAGAGUAUUAUUUUCCUGCCGUGUCAUCGCAGCCAUGUCGACUAUGUCUCGCUUCAACUCGUCUGCUACCGCCUCGGUCUCGCCCUGCCGACCGUCGUGGCGGGGGAUAAUCUCAACUUCCCCGUGAUAGGACCUUUCUUGCAACAUGCGGGCGCCAUGUGGAUUCGCAGGAGUUUCGGGGACGAUCAGUUGUACUCGACGCUGGUGCAGAGUUAUAUGGAUACGUUGCUGCAGAAUGGGUAUAAUCUGGAGUGUUUCGUGGAAGGGGGCAGGAGCCGCACGGGAAAGUUGCUGCAGCCGAAGUUUGGUAUCUUGUCGUACAUUCUGGACUCCGUCCUGAGUGGACGCGUGGAGGAUGCGAUGGUGUGUCCCGUCAGCACGCAGUACGACAAGGUGAUUGAAGUGGAUUCGUACAUCAGCGAACUGCUGGGUCAGCCGAAGAAGAAGGAGGAUCUUGCGGGGUUCUUGUCGGCGAGCAAUGUGUUGAGUUUGAAGUUGGGCCGGGUGGAUGUGAGGUUCCAUCAGCCGUGGAGUUUGAGGGGGUUUGUGAAUGAGCAGCGGGCGAGGAUGAUGAAGAGGAGUUUGUCGCCGGGGAUUGAGAAUAUGUAUGAUGCGGCGUUGAAGAGGAGGUUACUCACGACGUUUGGCUAUAAGGUGUUGAGUGAGAUUAACGACGUGAGCGUGGUGAUGCCCACGGCUUUGGUGGGGACGGUGUUGUUGACGCUCACGGGACGGAGUGUCGGGAGGGGGGAGUUGAUUCGGAGGGUGGAGUGGUUGAGUCAAAGGGUGAAGGCUCAAGGUGGACGAGUCGCGCAUUUCGCUGGGAAUGUUAUCGAAGGAGUCGUCGACAAGGCUCUGGAAGUUCUCGGACCGAAUCUCGUUGGUCGGAUCGAUGGACUUCCCGAAGAGAUGUACUACGCCGAGGACCGCUUCCAGCUCAGCUUCUAUCGGAAUAUGACGAUCCACCUGUUCAUCUCGCAGGCGUUGGUCUGCACAGCGAUGUAUACGAAGGUGAAGCUUGGGGGCGGCGCAGAGGCGGAGAAGAUGUCGUAUCAGGAGUUGUACGAUUACGUCUUCUUCCUGUCGCAGUUGUUCAGGGCAGAAUUCAUCUUCCCUACCACGCCGCUGGAGGAGAAUCUGCAAACAACGCUGAGGGGCCUCGUCAACGAUCGAGUGCUUUCGACAACGACAGGCGCAGACGGCAAAAUCGAGACCAUCGAGAUACAUUCGGACGAGCGAGCCCUCGACAUGGAGAACUUCGACUUCUACAACUUCCUCCUCUGGCCCUUCGUCGAAGCCUCCUGGCUCGGCGCCAUCGCCGUCUUCAUGCUGCGUCCUCCACCACACUACCCGGACCCGGAAGCUUGGGUCGAUAUGAAGACCUUUCAAGAUAAAGCGCAGCUGUUGGGGAAGACACUUUACCACCGCGGAGAUCUGAGCUAUUAUGAAGCCGUCAACAAGGAGGCGCUCAAGAACGCUAUCUCACGGAGUGAGGAGGAGGGCAUCAUCGUUGUCACUCGACCCGGGAAGGAUUCUAAAGCGCCGCAAAGAGUGCGUUUGGAGCUGGAGUGGACGCCGGCGUACGAUGAGGUUAAGGAUGAACUCAUCGCGGAAGGGAAGCUCUGGGAUCUGUGUGAGUUUAUUGACCGGAGUCGACGGGAUGCGAAGGGGAAGAAGGAGGGGGUGUCUGUGAGGAGGAGGAUUCUGGGGCUGGCGAGGUCGAUUGGGGAGGGGCUUUGGGAGGAUGCGGUGUUGGAGCCGGAGGGGGUGCCGAUGAAGAUAAGACGGAGGCAGGGGAUUCAGACCGGUGGGGUGACGGCGAGGUUGUGA